CAUCCACCCCCCGACGCGCAUCGACGCCGACGCAGCCAUGGCCAAGAUUGUGCCCCCAAUGAACUUUGGCCUCGUCGAGGACGGAUUUUACCGUUCCGCCCAGCCGACCGAGCUCAACUUCACCUUCAUCGAGAAGCUUGGCCUCCGCAGUGUCAUCUGGGUCGGCGCGGAAGAGCCCUCCGACGUCUUCCUGUCAUUCCUCGAGUCACAGGGCAUCGUGCUGCACAAUCUCGCGCCACAGGUUAGCUUGAAUCCUCACUUUCCACCGCCGUACUGUGAUGCUGGCGUCGUGCCGCUCAGUGGCCAGUACCACCUACCGCCGCUCCCACCACCAACGGAGCCGCUGAUCAUUCACGCACUCAGCCUCCUCUUGCAGCCAAGCACGUUUCCCACCCUCGUGUGCUGUAACAUGGGCCGCCACCGCACGGGCACCGUCGUGGGGUGCUGGCGAAAGCUGCAACGCUGGGCACUGUCAAGUAUCCUUGAAGAGUACCGACGGUACGCGGGGAUGAAGGUGCGGGUAUUGAACGAGCAGUUUAUCGAACUAUUCGACACGGACCUUGUGUCCAUCAACGGAGAGGCCAUCGCCGAAUAGCAGCGCGAGGCUCACUAAUGGGCAUGAGGAGCGCGCACACCACACGCCGCGCAAGUAUGCGCAGGCGGCUGCCGCGCCAACACCUGCCACCUUGUAUUGUAUCACUACGUGCAUGUAUCACCGGCCAUUACGCUAGAA